AGAAGAGUUUCGCAAUCCACUCUUUGUUGACAGUGAGACGAGUUGAUAAUAAUCAUCGAUUUCAUCCUGGUGGAGUUUUCUUCUUUUAGACAGUCUAGCGGAGAAGAUAAGGGUUGCUAUAGAAGCGGCUUGAUGUAUCAGGAUGCGACGGAGCCUUUGAAGUUGCAUAAAUAAUUUUAAGCUAGAAACACUGCCAUCACCGACACAUCAAAGUUCGGUGUCGCCGUGAUUCAUAUUCAAACUGUUGUCUCUCAUGACAUGUCGUAUAAUCAACAGGAAACCAAACAACUAGCUCUACAAAUGAGACUCGGAGAACCACCGUACUGACCAGGUCAACUCUUGCGCUGCAUGAGGAGAUCCAAGCUCUGUAAAUAAAGUGCAAUAUACGUGAAGCUCAAAGACAGGUGUCUUCAUAGUCUCCCUUGUUAAUUGUUUUAAUCACCAAAGACCAUUAGGGCCUAUCGCAAAAUAUUAUUGCAAUAACCAUAAGCAGUCACAGAAUACAUUGCAGCAUUCCGUUUCAUUCAGGAGAAAACUAUGGCCGAUUUUGAGACAACGACGUCGAAUGUUCCUGAUCUUGUAUGGUCUUGGCAAACACUCGAUUGGCAAUGGUCACUCGUCGUUCAGCUCGUUGUCGCGAUCGUCGGAAUCCUCGGGAACCUGUUGGUGGUCAUCGUGAUGUUCCAGCGUCGAUCACAUAGUCGUAGCACCGAUAUCCUGAUCCAGAGCCUAGCCGUGGCUGAUAUGUUGACGUCCAUUCUGCUUAUACCGAUUCCCGACCUCAAGACCGCCCCUGACACUUUCUGGAGUGAAAUAUAUUGCCGAUUCAUAGAUUCCCAGCUUCUUAUGUGGAUCGCCAUUACGGCUUCAACCUACACCCUGGUGACGGUCUCCGUAGACCGUUACUUUGCCAUCGUCUACCCGCUUGCCUUCAACCGUCUGGUGAGCAGAGGGCGUGUGGCCUUCUGUAUCGUGUUGACAUGGUUGGCAGCCUUUUCCAUGUGUUUCCCAGGUGUAUUCGUCUUCAACAUCGAUGAUGCAACUGGAAGCUGCAAUCUCAACUUCAAUUCUCCCCAAGCUCAGCUUGCAUUUGGCGCCUAUACCUUCGUGCUGCGACUCGUAGUUCCGAUCUUGAUCAUGUUGGUCACCCAGACCCUGAUCGCUCGGAAUCUCUUUAACGAAUCUAACCGUUUCGCGGACAUCAAAGACGAAGGGGUGCGUUCGACUGGUCUUCUCGCAGCUCGAUCUCGAAUCAUCAAGAUGAUGCUCAUAGUGAUCAUCAUCUACGUGAUCUGUUGGGCGCCCAACCAAAUAGCCUUCUUCGGGGUGACCAUCGGCUUUAUUCCUUUCACCUAUAUCAACAGCACCCUGCAUCGCGCCCUCACCGUCCUGGCUUUCUUCAACUCCUGCAUGAAUCCCGUGGUCUACAUCAUGAUGAAUCCACAUUUUCGGGAAGCUAUCAAGGAUCUCUGCAUCGGAACUCGGUCACGACUCGGUCCUCUUUUCGAACAAAAGAUAGAGGUCUCUGCAGAUUCCCUGUCCUCAAAUGCAAUAAAGUUGCCAUAGAUAGCAGGUUUGUAAUGCCCUCUGUCAUGAUUAAAUCUUUAACAUGACAAUGUCCCCGUUUAGAGUCAUUGUUGUAAGAUUCGUCAAUGUUAACAUGGGAUUUAUCAUUGUCUUAUUGCAGUUAUACAUAAGUCUGCACAAGUACUUGCUCAACGCUUUUUAAAGGUUUGAAGUACUACGAGUGCAAUUAAAGUAUAGGUUUUUUCCCCCUUGUUACAUAAUAAGUAAACCUGGAUAAAUACAUGUAUUAAAAGCACUGGUACAUAGCGUUGUUAUGAUUUCUAUUACUUAAAUCAAUGUUUCAUCAUGUUCAUGUACAUGUAUUUAAAAAUCUAAAAAUUGUAACCCUUGUGAACAUAAAUUCUCCAUAAUGUGCUCAAAUCAAAUUUGUAGAAUUUUGUAGUACUUACAAAUUACAUUUUAUUCAAAUGUACGGAACUCCUGAAAUUGCAUGCUCUUUGUUUUUAAGUCGCUCUACCGAUUUUAUGAGCCGUUAAAAGUCUAAGAUCAAGUCAAAGAAAAGAGAAUAACUCUCAAUUGAAUUCAAUGCAUUUGGCAAGACAUUGAUCUACAUUUGCCACACUCAACCCAGGUGAUGUAAAUGGGUACCUGGCAGGAAUUAUUUCUUUGAAAUGCUAGAGCGCCGCAAUGGCAGCACAGCUAAAGCCGCCGUAAUAAUCUCCAAGUUUGGAAGCGCUUAGUGAUUCUAAUAACCGCUAUAUAAAAACUGAGUAUUAUUAUUAUUAUUAUUAUUAUUAAUUGCAGAAUGGGAAUGAUAUAUUUUCCUGAAAAGUGGAUAUAUAGGCCUUUACAAUAUAUAUGCAUGCUAUAUAUUCAUGCUCAUGUUUAUGGACAUCCCUGGUACCUUACUAAUACGAAUUUUCGGUCGUAAACCGUAGACAUUUUACACGUUGAAUAAUCCAUUGAUGAAAUAUUCAUUGCACAUAGUCUGUAAUCGGAUUAACUUCUUAUUUAAAAAAAAGAGAGUACAUGUUAUUCGAAUUUACGCAACUCCUGAAAUUGCAUGCUCUUUAUUUUUUUAAAAGUCGUUCCACCGACUUUAUGAUUAUGAGCCGUUAAAAAUCUAAGAUCAAGUCAAAUACAAGAUAACCACUCUCAAUUGAUUUCAAGAAUCCCAUUGCAGAAUGUAUAUAAUAUUUUUUUUCCUGAAAAAUGGAUUUCUAUAGAUCUUUACAAUAUGUAUACAUGCUAUAUAUUUAUCUCAUGUGAAUGGACAUCCCUAGUACCUAACUAAUACACAUUUGUAUUCCAUCGUCAUCAUCACUAUCUACAGUUGUGAACCGUAAAUAUUGUACAUGUUGAAUUAUCUAUUGAAUAAAUAUUUAUUGCACAUAAUGUAAACGGAUUUAAUAUUGCAAAGCGUUCUUAAUA